UGUAUAAAUGCGGGAGCGCCGCCCUCGCAGGCAGCAGUUGUUGCAUCGACCCCGUUGGGUUCAACACGCGACGCUUUCUCCUCGUUUUUACAAAGAAUCCCUCCUUACAUUUUCACCCCAUCCUCCUUUUGCCUUUGACACUAAAUUGGAAACAUGCGUGAGUGUAUCUCCAUCCACGUUGGUCAGGCUGGGGUCCAGAUUGGAAAUGCCUGCUGGGAGCUUUACUGUCUGGAACAUGGCAUCCAGCCUGAUGGACAGAUGCCCAGCGACAAGACUCUGGGAGGAGGAGACGACUCCUUCAACACCUUCUUCAGCGAGACCGGAGCUGGAAAGCACGUCCCCAGAGCUGUGUUUGUGGACCUGGAGCCCACGGUCAUCGAUGAGGUGCGUACUGGAACUUACCGCCAGCUGUUCCACCCGGAGCAGCUGAUCACCGGCAAGGAGGAUGCUGCCAACAACUACGCCCGUGGACACUACACCAUUGGUAAAGAGAUCAUUGACCUGGUUCUGGACAGGAUUCGUAAACUGGCUGACCAGUGCACUGGUCUCCAGGGCUUCCUGGUGUUCCACAGCUUCGGUGGAGGCACUGGGUCUGGGUUCACCUCCCUGCUGAUGGAGCGUCUGUCUGUAGACUAUGGAAAGAAGUCCAAGCUGGAGUUCUCCAUCUACCCCGCCCCCCAGGUCUCCACUGCUGUGGUGGAGCCCUACAACUCCAUCCUGACCACCCACACCACCCUAGAGCACUCCGACUGUGCCUUCAUGGUGGACAAUGAGGCCAUCUACGAUAUUUGCCGCAGGAACCUCGACAUCGAGCGCCCCACCUACACCAACUUGAACAGGCUGAUCAGUCAGAUCGUGUCCUCCAUCACUGCUUCUCUUCGCUUUGAUGGUGCCCUCAACGUUGAUCUGACAGAGUUCCAGACCAACCUGGUGCCAUAUCCCCGUAUCCACUUCCCUCUGGCCACCUACGCCCCCGUCAUCUCUGCUGAGAAGGCUUACCACGAGCAGCUCUCGGUGUCUGAGAUCACCAACGCCUGCUUUGAGCCGGCCAACCAGAUGGUGAAAUGUGACCCUCGCCACGGCAAGUACAUGGCUUGCUGCCUGCUAUUCCGUGGUGAUGUGGUGCCCAAAGAUGUCAAUGCUGCCAUCGCCACCAUCAAAACCAAGCGCACCAUCCAGUUCGUGGACUGGUGUCCCACUGGUUUCAAGGUGGGCAUCAACUACCAGCCCCCCACCGUAGUUCCCGGGGGAGACCUGGCCAAGGUGCAGAGGGCUGUGUGCAUGCUGAGCAACACCACUGCUAUUGCAGAGGCCUGGGCUCGGCUCGACCACAAGUUUGACCUGAUGUACGCCAAGCGUGCCUUUGUUCACUGGUAUGUGGGUGAGGGGAUGGAGGAGGGAGAGUUCUCCGAGGCCAGGGAGGACAUGGCAGCUCUGGAGAAGGAUUAUGAGGAGGUUGGAGUUGACUCCAUUGAGGGUGAGGGGGAGGAGGAAGGGGAAGAAUAUUAAAAUAAACAUCAAGGAAUUAGCUAAAUGAGAGAUAAUGUGUGUUCUUGACUGCAUUCCAAAUAGAUAUUUAUUCCAUAAAUUAAAGUAUCUGUUUGGAGUUCAAUUGAAACUCCUGAAAAUGUCAAAUUGGGCUUUGUUCGGAAUAAAAUCUCUGAGAUGUG